AGCUGGUCCUUUGAGGGGCAGAUUGUGGGCAGAAUGGAGGAACGCACCCAGGCAGGCGCUGAAGCAGGGCUAGGGGACCAGAAGGCUCUUAUUGACAAUCCUGCCGACAUCUUGGUCAUUGCCGCCUACUUCCUUCUGGUCAUUGGUGUUGGCUUGUGGUCUAUGUGCAGAACCAACAGAGGCACUGUUGGUGGCUACUUCCUGGCAGGACGCAGCAUGGUGUGGUGGCCGGUUGGAGCAUCUCUCUUCGCCAGCAACAUCGGCAGCGGCCACUUUGUAGGCCUGGCAGGGACCGGGGCAGCAAAUGGCUUGGCUGUGGCUGGAUUCGAGUGGAAUGCGCUGUUCGUCGUGCUGCUGCUUGGCUGGCUCUUUGUGCCUGUGUACCUGACUGCAGGGGUCAUCACCAUGCCGCAGUAUCUGCGCAAGCGCUUUGGAGGCCAUCGCAUCCGCCUCUACCUGUCUGUGCUCUCGCUGUUUCUGUACAUCUUCACCAAGAUCUCGGUGGACAUGUUUUCCGGGGCAGUAUUCAUUCAGCAGGCUCUGGGUUGGAACAUCUAUGCUUCAGUUAUUGCACUCCUAGGCAUCACCAUGAUUUACACGGUGACAGGGGGGCUGGCAGCGCUGAUGUACACAGACACCGUGCAGACCUUCGUCAUUCUUGCAGGGGCUUUCAUCCUCACCGGUUACGCUUUCCACGAGGUGGGCGGGUACUCUGGGCUCUUCGACAAAUACCUGGGAGCUGUGACUUCACUGACGGUGUCUGAGGAUCCGGCUGUGGGCAACAUCUCCAGCUCCUGCUAUCAGCCAAGGCCUGACUCGUACCACCUACUUCGGGACCCUGUGACAGGGGACCUGCCGUGGCCCGCACUGCUCGUGGGGCUCACUAUUGUCUCGGGCUGGUAUUGGUGUAGUGACCAGGUCAUUGUUCAGCGCUGCCUGGCUGGCAAGAACCUGACACACAUCAAGGCAGGCUGCAUCUUGUGCGGCUACCUGAAGCUUACGCCCAUGUUCCUCAUGGUCAUGCCUGGGAUGAUCAGUCGCAUCCUCUACCCAGAUGAAGUGGCGUGCGUGGUGCCUGAGGUGUGCAAGCGGGUGUGUGGCACCGAGGUGGGCUGCUCCAACAUUGCCUACCCGAGGCUCGUGGUGAAGCUCAUGCCCAAUGGUCUGCGUGGACUCAUGCUGGCCGUCAUGCUGGCCGCGCUCAUGUCCUCACUGGCCUCCAUCUUUAACAGCAGCAGCACGCUUUUCACCAUGGAUAUCUACACGCGCUUGCGGCCUCGUGCCAGCGAUGGGGAGCUGCUGAUAGUUGGCAGGCUCUGGGUGGUGUUCAUCGUGGCAGUGUCAGUGGCCUGGCUCCCAGUCGUGCAGGCAGCCCAGGGUGGCCAACUGUUCGACUAUAUCCAGUCUGUCUCCAGCUACUUGGCACCGCCCGUGUCGGCCGUCUUUGUGCUGGCACUCUUUGUGCCCCGAGUUAAUGAGAAGGGAGCCUUCUGGGGACUGGUUGGGGGCCUGGUGAUGGGCCUCGCUCGCCUCAUUCCUGAGUUCUCCUUCGGUUCGGGUAGCUGUGUGCGACCCUCGGCAUGCCCUGCAAUCCUCUGCCGCGUGCACUACCUCUACUUUGCCAUCAUCCUCUUCGUCUGCUCUGGCCUCCUCACCCUCAUCAUCUCCCUAUGUACUGCACCCAUCCCGCAGAAGCACCUCCACCGCCUGGUUUUCAGUCUCCGGCACAGCAAGGAAGAGCGGGAGGACCUGGAUGCUGAUGAGCCCCAAGGCCCAGCUUCUCCCCCGGUACAGAACGGAUGCCCGGAGCACGCGGUGGAGAUGGAGGAGCCUCCGCCUCCAGCCCCUGGCCCCUUCCGACGGUGCCUGCUCUGGUUCUGUGGGAUGAGCAGGGGUGGGGCAGGGGGCCCCCAGCCCCCGACAGAGGAGGAGGCGGCAGCAGCAGCCAGGCGGCUGGAGGACAUCAGUGAGGAUCCCAGAUGGGCUCGUGUGGUCGGCCUCAAUGCCCUGCUCAUGAUGACAGUGGCAGUGUUCCUCUGGGGAUUUUAUGCAUGA